UAACAUCUCUCUCUCUCGCUCAUUGUUCUUGGUACAAUGAGAGGAAAACAUUCUUAAUUUUAUUCAUCACCCAAGAAUUCAACAGUCAUCCAUUGCAGAUCUUCAAGUUCAACCUCUGAGAACCUCCCUAAGGUGAAUGGAAAAGUUGGUAUCUUCAUCCCAUGGCAAGAAAUUGCCUCUUCUCCUCAACAUAUCUUUUCUCUUUCUCAUCACUUUCUACAUCUCAAUCUCAACCCGUUUCUCUCUCUCCAGUUCUGAUCACUUACUGAGGAAUUUAAAAAGACCCAGCCUCAUCUCCACCUGUCCAGAAAUCCUAGAUGAACCCAACGGCAAUGGCUGCAAUCGCCUUCAUCAGUACCACACUUACAAAGAAAAGUGCGAAUACUUGAGAUCAGAGAAGGGAUGCCAGCCCAAAGGCUACAUAAACUAUCUCCAGAUCUUCUAUUGCAUCUGUGGCCGAUACCCUCUUCUGGGUUGCACCAUUCUCAUCCUCUGGCUCGUAGUUCUGUUCUAUUUACUGGGCAACACAGCUGCCAAUUACUUCUGUUAUUCCCUGGAGAGACUAUCAAAAACCUUGGAGCUUUCCCCUACUAUAGCUGGUGUAACUCUGCUUUCAUUAGGAAAUGGUGCACCAGAUGUCUUCGCCAGCAUCGUCUCUUUCAUGGGAGCUGGGUCUGGUCAGGUUGGGCUCAACAGUGUUUUGGGUGGAGCCUUCUUCAUAUCUAGCACAGUGGUCGGAAUCAUAAGCAUAUUGGUCAGCCCAUAUCAGGUAGCCAUUGAUAGGUCUAGCUUCAUAAGAGAUGUUGUCUUCUACCUUGUAUCUCUUUCUUCUCUACUUGUGAUUGUGAGCAUUGGAAGGAUCGGUUUUCUGGGUGCAAUGGCUUUUGUUUCUCUCUACUUUGUGUAUGUGUUGAUCGUCUGCACAGCACAUUUCUGCAGAAAGAAAGACAGAGAGGUGAACUUCUUUACAAAAUCUCCUUCAUUACCAGCCUCCAGCAGCUUGGACGCACCUCUACUGAGUUACAUUGAUGAUGACAAGUCUGUUCCUAUUGAGAGAGGUCUUGAUGAAGAAAGUAAUAAUCAUCAGAAUUAUCCAAUAGGCUGGAGGUGUUCUGUCCUUGAUUCAUCAACAAGGUACUUCAUUAGUAGGCUUCUGUUCAUUCUAGAGCUUCCACUUUACUUACCAAGGAGGUUGACCAUCCCUGUUGUUAGUGAGGAGAAUUGGUCUAAGCCCUUUGCAGUUAUUUCAGUUACAUUGGCGCCAGUUCUCUUUGCUUCCCUUUGGAACUCUCAAGGGGGAAAUAUAGGUACCAGAACAGGAGUAGUGAUCUAUAUAAUUGGUUGUUUGGCAGGGAUUAUCUUGGGGAUUAUUGCAUUUUUGACUACUGAGAGCUCCAACCCACCAAAGAAAUGCUUACUCCCUUGGCUUACAGGAGGGUUUAUGAUGAGCAUCACCUGGACUUAUAUCACAGCUCAGGAAUUGGUUUCAUUGCUGCUCUCACUUGGUCUUGUAUUUGGAAUAAGCCCAUCUGUUCUAGCACUGACUGUGCUUGCUUGGGGUAACUCACUUGGGGACUUGAUCUCCAAUGUUGCAAUGGCAGUGAAUAGUGUGCCAGAUGGGACCCAGGUCGCCAUCUCGGGCUGUUAUGCGGGGCCCAUCUUCAAUACAUUAAUGGGCUUGGGCCUGUCACUUGCUUUUUCUUCAUGGUCUGUCUAUCCAUCUUCUAUUGUCAUCCCCAAGGACUCCUUUCUCUACGAGACCCUUGGGUUUUUAAUGGCUGGCUUGGUUUGGGCGCUUGUGAUUCUUCCCAGGAAAGAAAUGAGGCUUGAUAAAGUUUUGGGUGUUGGGCUCUUGGCUAUAUACUUGUGCUUCCUAACUCUCAGGCUGGCCAAGGCUCUUGGGCUACUCCAACUUAGUGGUUCAUCUUUCUCCUUCAAACCCUAAUGUGGUUUUCAUAUUAUAUCGAUUCAGUUUUUUUUUUAAUCUUUUGUUGUUACUAUUGGACAUUUAUUUUCACUAUGGUUCAAUUUCAAGGUAAGAGAUGCCCAGUGUAAACCUAUGGCCAAAGAAUGUUGAUUAUACAUGGUUUCAUGCUAAUUAGAGAGUUGAUUUUGCUGUUUAA